GUUAUUUUUUGAUACUAGUUCAUCACUUGCGAGUGAAUAUAAACAAAGAGUAUCUUUUAAUUUUCUUGAUGAUAACUUGGAUUAUCAUUCCAUCAUAUUAAAUCGAUCAAGCCAUGGUUACAUUAGAACAGCCAGAACACGCACAUUCAUGGUUGCCAUGGACAUAAAUAAAAAAACAACAAACCAGUGCAUUAAAUUUACGAUACAAAAUUUAUUAGACGAAGGAGAUGAAUUGGUGAUACUAGGUCUAUGUCGUCAUGACAUGCUCAUAGGAAAAAGAGAAAUGGCCGAACGGAUUGCCAGGUUAAUAGAGAGAAUUAAUGAUGGAAACAAGAUAAAUGUUGCCAUUGAAUUAUUGUUUGCUGAUUAUGAUAAUGCACUAGCACGAAUGAAUGAAUUCUACAGACCUAUUGCUAUUAUUGUUGAGUCAAAAAGCAAAACAUCAAUGUCAACAGAUCACUAUUCAGGCACAGGUACUCUUAAGUGUGAGCUACAGGCAAUACAAGUACCGAUCAUUAUUAUAAAAGCUACUAUUGUUGUCAUGGAAACAAAAGACAUGAAGCAAAAAAUCCUAAAAACAAUCUGCUUGUCGGAGAACUAAAAGCUUAUUUUCAAAUCUCUUGUUCAAUCAC